CAGCAGAAGAGCUUUAAGUUGCUCACAGGAGAGUAACGGGUUCAUUUUUACAUCAUUAUACUGGAAUUAUCUUCAUGGAGAUUUUUAAAAGCAGGAUUCUUCACCCAAGUCUGUGUGUCUUUCUUACUUUAUAUGCAGUUUCCCAAUGCAGCAUGCAAAAGAUUCAGCAUCACAUCUACAAGACAGUGUUUGUGGGGAAAACAGUCACACUUUCCUGCAAUAAAACUCUGGAUACAGAUGAUAUCACAUGGAAAAUGAAUAGCAUCAAUAUUUUUAGUUAUAGCUCAUUCAAUAAUAAAAGUAUGAAAAACUUCAGCUCAGACAGGAUGUAUACUGAUCCAGCAAUUCCAACGGAGCUAAAAAUAAUUCAAAUACAAACAUCUGAUGCUGGAAACUAUUCCUGUUACAGUUCUACAACAGCAAUAAAAUGGAUAUUAACAGUAAAAGAAAACAACAAAUCCUUACAGUUAUUUGAACCAGCACUGCUCUACAUUAUCGGCUCAUGUGCUGGAGGCUGUCUGAUCAUCGGUCUGAUCAUUGCUCUGAUCGUCUGUAUUCACAGGAGAAGGACAAACAACAGAGAUUGUGCUGACAGAUCACAGGCACCAGUCAGAAGACAGCCAACCAAGAAAACCUAUGACUGUAUGGCAGGGGUUGAAGAUGAUGAUCAGUGUGAUAAUGGCAUAUAUGAAAAUUACCAAGAUAUGUCGUAGUCAAGCAAGCUUUGAUUUAAUGUAAAGUAAUUGGAAAUUAAUGUAUACACGAGGAGUACAGAGGCAAAACCAUCUGACAUGUUUUCUUUUAAAUUAG